GACCCGCCUUAUUUGCAUUUUGCGGUGUACGCGUUCAUCAUGUGUGCACAAUAUAAUCCGAACUAUGCGUCUAAUUAUCCGGAAGCCCCGUUUUACCCUAAUUAUCCCUCUUAUAGUCAAGAAUACGCAUCCCCAGUACAGAGAGCCAGUGACAACACAGGUGGUAUCCCACCUGGACCAUUUGUUCAAAAUCCCUUCAUUCCCGAUUUGGCUGUUCGCUAUGGGUCAGCCGUGUUUGGUGAAGGUGCAAACUAUGUGCAGAAGAAUGUAAGCUGUCUCACACAUACUUAAUGCUUCAGGUGAACGAAUAUGUUAAUGUGAUGCGAUUAAAGUAUUAUUUCUCCGUUAACAAUUCCUACGUCGCUAAAAAGAUCGGAUUGGUCUUGUUUCCUUUUGCACAUACAAAGUGGGCUUCCAAUUAUGACCCUGCUGGACCGGUACCUCCCGGUGAUGAUAUUAAUGCUCCAGAUCUGUACAUACCGUUAAUGGCUUCUAUUACCUACAUACUUUUGAGUGGUGUUAUAUUUGGUUUCCAAAGUCGUUUUUCACCGGAAUAUCUUGGUAUUUUAGCAAGUGAAGCUUUUGGCUGGUUACUGCUUGAAGUUUUAUUGACUCUUUUCGGAAUCUAUAUCCUUAAUAUCCAGUCAAAUAUUUCUUACUUGGAUAUAGUUGCAUACUGUGGAUACAAAUUUGUCAGUAUGAUUGUAGUCUUGAUUAGUUAUGUUGGAUUGGAUCGACCAGGCUAUUAUUUCAGUUUAUUGUAUGUUAGUUUGGCACUGGCAUUUUUCCUUAUAAGAAGUCUUAAGCUUAAAAUUCUUCCACAUGCAGAAGCCUAUCCAUCAGAGUGUAAUAAACGUCGAAUUUAUUUAUUACUACUUAUUGCACUAGUUCAACCAUUAGUCAUUUGGUGGUUGACACGUCGUGUUAUGCUGUAAAAAGACUCCAUCAUCUAUUUGAUUUCAUCAUAUCCAAUUGUAUACUGUAUUAGGAGUGUAAAGAAAAACAGAAUUCAAUCACUCCUAAUUGUAUCUUACCUAAAGUUCUUGUAUUUUAAUUAAACUGCCUGACAAAAAGAAGUAUGAUUAUAUACGAGAUAAUACAUUAAAGAUGACCUGAAACAGUGUGCAAUGUGUGCAUCCUUGUAUUUUACCAUUUUGUGUCAAUUUCUUUUUUUAGCAUUUGAAUGUGAGAUGGUACUUUUGUCUAUAUUGGUUUCUGUUCUUACUUUCAAUAACUUGCUAGUCGUCUUUUUCUUGAUACAAUGCAUUGCUUUUAUUUGAUUUUCAUAUUGUUCUUAUUCUAACUAAUGGUGAGUGACCUUUAUCAUGUAAAAAGGGGUUUAUCUAUCUCAGGAUGCCAACCUAUCCUCUUAAAUGAUGAGGAAUUAUGUAC